CCCACUCAAUCCACGAUGCCCGCCGCCCAGCCCCUCCUGCGCGCAACCACAUUCUCCAAUAAUAACAACAACCAAACCCACCGUAUCCGCCUGGUCCCCCACCUCGACUCCCGCCGCACGCUCCGCUUCGAACCCAUAACCCGCGACCUCAAGGAUAACGACACCCCCCUCCGCAUCGGUCGCUUCACAGAUCGCUCAGGAAUCGGUCUCGCAGCAGUAAACGCCCUAAAUACCAACAAACUCGCUUUCAAGAGCAAAGUCGUCUCUCGCGCCCAUGCUGAGAUAUGGGCUGACAACGGCAAAUUCUUUAUCAAAGAUACGAAAUCUUCUUCCGGCACUUUCCUUAAUCAUCUACGACUCAGUCCUGCGGGCUCGGAGAGUAAACCCCAUCAACUGAAAGACGGCGAUAUCAUUCAGCUGGGCGUCGAUUAUCAGGGAGGAACCGAGGAUAUCUACAAGUCUGUAAAGAUUAGGAUCGAGGUAGGGAGGGAGUGGCAAGCUGCUCCUAAUGCUUUCAACACAAACGCCCUCUCACAACUCCGCUCCCUCUCCGCAGACCCCCACAUCCAACCACCAAGCGCCAAUGCCCAUGGGAAAAAACGAAUGCCAAAGACUAACAUCCCCGAUUGUUGUAUCUGCCUUUUUGCAGUCACAAUCCGCCAAGCCCUCUUCAUAGCCCCAUGUAGUCACGCCUUUCAUUACAAAUGCAUCCGCCCCCUCCUCGAAGCCCACACCUCCGCAUUCAGCUGUCCCCUCUGUCGCACAUUCGCAGAUCUCGACGAAGACGUCGAAGUCGAGAUCGAGCCUGAACCAGAAGCUGAAAUAGAAGUUAUUUCAUCGCCUGAGGAAGACGACGAAGAAGAAGAGGGGGGCGGGGGCAAGGAUAAGCUUGCCCCUCCGAUGGUGAGAGAUGGAGCUGAGACGGAGGUAGAG